AUGGGAGAUAGCAGAGCCGGAGAACUGCUGAUGUCCUACGUACUGGGUGAGCCGGUGGUAAACACACACCGGAUAGUGCGGAGUGCCAUGAUCAUGUUUGCUCAGUACGUGCAAGGAGGCACGUUUGUCAAAGCAGUUAAAAUGGCUGAAGAUGUCACAGACCUUGCCAAAAGGUGUGCUGCUGCAGCCAGAGACAACCCGGAUUGUCUGAAGCCUUUGGACAGGAUUUUCCUUGAUACAAUAUGCCAGGACGAAAAUCUUCCCAGGUUUACUGACUGCUGUGCUAAAAUGGAUCCUGAAAGAAAUGACUGCUUCCUCUCCCUUAAAAAUUCAUCGCGAGGGUUCAUUUCUCCUUUUGAAAGGCCAAAUGCUGAAGCUGCCUGCAAAAAUCACUCACAGCAUCAACAUCCAUUAACAGGAUAUUUUAUCUACGAGGUUUCUAGACGGCAUCCUUUCCUCUAUGCCCCAACAAUCCUUUCUGUCGCUAUCCGAUAUGACGAGAUGAUGAAGAACUGCUGCGGAAGUGCUGAACACCCCACUCAUAACCUGGAGGAAUGCUUUCGGAGACAGGCACCAAAGGUGGUAAAGCCAGUAAAAGAAGAUGGCCUGAGGCAGGAACACACAUGUGGAAUCUUGAAGAAGUUUGGAGAAAGGACCUUAAAGGCUCUGAAACUUGCUCAGAUAAGCCAAAAAUUCCCUAAAGCUGAUUUUGUUACUGUUAACAAACUUGUGAUGGAUAUUGCUAACAUGCACAAGGACUGCUGUCGUGGAGAUAUGCUGGACUGUAUGCAUGAUAGGGAAGAGAUUCUACACUAUGUCUGCACCAACCAAGACACCCUAUCAAGUAAAAUUAAGACGUGCUGUGAAAAGCCUCUGUUACAAAGAAGUGAAUGCAUAGUUAAUGCAGAAAAUGACGACAAACCUGCAGACUUGUCCCCCCACGUCAGGGAGUUUAUAGAAGACAAAGGAAUAUGUGAACGUUUUGCCCAGGAGAAAGACACACACUUAGCCAGGUUUCUGUACGAAUAUUCCAGGAGACACCCUGAAUUUUCUGCUCAGAUGCUUUUAAGAAUUGGUAAAGGAUAUGAGGACCUACUGAAAGAGUGCUGCAAAACCGGGGCUCCAGACAACUGCCGCAGCAGAGGGGAGGAAGAACUGAAGAAACAUAUUUAUGAAACUGAAAGUGUCAUGAAGACAAGCUGCGACAUUUACAAGGAGAAAGGAGAUUACUAUUUCCAAAACGAGCUUCUCAUGAGCUUCACCAAGAAAAUGCCUCAGCUGACAUCUGCAGAGCUGAUAAAAUUCACCAAGCAAAUGACUACAAUUGGCUCCAAAUGCUGCCAGUUAAGCCAGGACAAGCUACUGCCUUGUGCUGAGGAAAACCUGGAUCUCGUGCUUGGAGAAAUAUGUAGAAGACACCUGACCAAUCCUAUAAACCCGGGAGUUUGCCACUGCUGUAGUAGCUCCUAUGCUCUCAGGAGACCAUGCAUGGGGAAACUAGAAAUUGAUGAGAAUUAUGUGCCCUUAACAUUGACUCCUGGUCUGUUCACUUUCCAUGAAGACUUGUGUACAACUGAAGAGGAAAAGUUACAGCACAAGAAGCAGGAAAUGCUCAUCAACCUCAUCAAAUACAAGCCCCAGAUCACACAGGAACAGCUGACCGCCGUCACAGCGGCCUUUACUGCCAUGCGGGAACAAUGCUGCAAAGAAGAAAACCGUGAGACAUGUUUUGUGAAAGAGGGUCCAGAACUUAUAAAAAGAAGUGAAAAAAUGUUGUCAGCGUAA